AAUGGGCAGCCCUGAGGGUUCAGUUAACGAGAGGGCAUAAAACCUAAUAUCGGAAAACCUAAGCCGAAAUUUGAAGAAAAAAAUUAAUUAUGUCCACUUCAUCGACUGCUCGUCCUACACGGCGGACUAGGAUCGUGUGCAUCAGCGACACCCACAACUCCACUGUUAAGCUGCCAAAGGGCGAUGUCCUAAUUCACGCUGGCGACCUCACUAAUCAGGGGAGCUACUCCGAGCUCUCCAAGGCUGUUCAGUGGCUAGAAAAAGCCGACUUCGAAGCCAAAAUUGUUAUUGCAGGAAACCAUGAUAUCACGCUCGACCGUGACUUCUACUCGAAACAUGGAUCAAGCUUCCACAACCAAACACCCCAAGAUCCGGCCGAGUGUCUGUCACUAUUUACUUCGAGUAGCACCAUCACUUAUCUCCAGAAUGAGAGCGCUACUGUUAGACUAGCAAGUCCCAACGGCCCCGGUACCGAAUUCACCAUCUUCGGGUCCCCUUACAGCCCUCGGUACGGCACAUGGGCAUUCAUGUACCCCCGCUCAUCAGGUGAAGAACCAGAAUCGUCAGGGCAGGCCAACACGGCAGCAGAGCUAUGGGCAGCCAUUCCCCCAACCACCGAUAUCCUCGUCACCCACACGCCGCCCUACUCGCACUGCGACGACGCUUGCGGCUGCGAGGAGCUGCGGAAGACGCUCGCCAAAGUACGGCCCCGGCUCCACGUGUGCGGCCACGUCCACCAGGGCAGAGGGGCAGAGCGCGUGAGGUGGAACACGGACGACCUCGCCGCCGAAGACGAGGCCGUCGCCGCCGCCGAGGCCUCCGUGGAGGCGUGGGAAGAUCCCCACCCGGAUCCCUCAUCCGCCAAGAUCAGCUUAGUCGACCUCACGGCGCGCGGUGGGAAGCGGCCUCUCGAUUUUCACAACGCCGCACGACCAGUCGGCGACACGUCCGACCGCCGCUUGCCGGACCCAGCGCAACGGGUCCCGUGCGCCUCGUCCCAUCCCGGGCCCGGGGGUCAGGAUAGGGUGGUGGGGCCGGGGGAUCCGGUAGUGCGGAUCGGGAACCCUGAUUCAGCUCCAGAACAUGGGGGCGCCGUCAUCUCUGAAAGCACGGGGCAGCCGGUGGCGAUGGACCGCACGGGCAGACGGGAAACGUGUAUUGUCAACUGCGCCAUUGUUGCCACCGGUUGGCCGCAUACGGGGGGCAAACGGUUCAACAAGCCCAUCGUGGUUGACCUCGACUUGCCCGUGUGGAGGUGACGAUAUCGACAUUGACAUAUCGGUGCAUAUUGGUCUCGAGCAAAACAUGCUAGAAUCCGCGGAACCUCAUUGCAUCCCUUCAUAUGUCCAGUAUGGAGCUCAGUGAGUGACAUGGGAAAAGACGUCAGGUGGCUGGCCUCCUUUCUCUUGUUGAAAAAGCCCAUACUGGAUGGGAUCACGAGCUAGGCGGAACGGCGAGGCAGACAACUCACCACCGAUCCGCUUGGAUAUUGCCCCAGUUGAAUUUCCUAACUAUCCUUUGGCCGACGUCGAUUAGGGCAUCCACCAAAAGUUUACGUAGGCAAUAAUCUCCUCCCUACAACUUACACAAUAUAUGAUUCAUCCGGAACUUGCGUCAGCUCACCUCAGAGCUCAGCCUCGAUGUGGUGGUGUAC